CAAUAUUUAACAUAAGAGCGCCACAAACUUUUUUCACAAUAUAAAAUACUUUCCUUCAAUUUUUUGAUAAUUAUAACAAAAAAUUAAAAAAAAACAAGAGAAAGAAAAUUAAUUAUUAAGUGCUUUUUUUAUAUGAAGCUCAUAUCUAAAAAAUUUAUAAAAGAACUAUCAAAGUUAGCAGACUGUAAUAUUUGCUAUCAGUUUAUAAGUGAUCCUAUAGAGUGUAGCGAAUGCUAAAAUAUGUGGUGCAGAGAGUGUAUAAAUCAAAACGAAGGAAAAUGUCCAAAUAAAUGCCAAAAAAGUGACUUUAUUAAACCACACAGAAUAUUUAGAUAGGUAAUUAACGAGAUUUAUGUUUAGUGCGAAACUUGUCGAAAUAGAGUUAAGCAAAUUGAUUAUGAAAAACAUAAAGGUAGCAAAUAAUGUAAGAUUGGCUAAAAUUUAAUAUAAAAUGAUUGCGAUAAGCUCUUAAAUUAAGAGCCUCUUAGAAAAAUUAUAAAGAAAAAUAGUAAUAAAACACUGAACUAAAUACAAACAUAGAAUAUAUUUUAAGAAGAGUAAAACACAGAUGACUCUUAAAGUAAUAUUUUAACAUAGAGUACUUAAAAAGACGGAUUAUUUAACAAGAGCCUUUUAGAAGAUUAUUAACAAAAUGAAGAAAAGUUUUGUUUAUCUAAGAUUUUUUCUGAUGAUGAUGACGAUGCUAAUGAUGGUAGUACUUAUAAAUAGUUGUUAGUGAAGUAGGAAAAAUACACUUCGCUCUAGCAAGGCAAUUAACUAGAAGCUUAUGCUAAUUAAUAAAAUAGUAACUUCAAAGUUAUGCAUAUAAGCUUAUAUAAACAUGGUAAAUGGUAGCCACUGGAAGAAGAAAUAAAUACGGAAGUUAAUUUUAAAGUUUUAUAAUAGAUGGCUGAAAAUAAUGAUAAUGACUUAAAAGAAAUGAACAUAUAAAUAAGGAAUACAUUUUUUGACUUUAGUAAGUUUGAAGUUUAUGAGUAAUAUUAAUAAAUAAAUAUUUUUGAUAAUGACAAUGAAGAAUAUAACUAUGACAGCGACAGCAGCACAUAAUAACACUACAGUACAAGAGUAGAAAAAAAGAAAUUAAUUGGCAAAUUUAACAUUUAUAAUAAUUAAGAAGAUUUUAAAUAAAGAGUAAAAGUCUACUUUCUACAUGAAAACGAUAUUAUUUACUAUCAUGAAUAAGAUUAAUAAAAUAUUUUAGAAUAAUUUUUAAAAAACCCUAAUUCUACCUGUAUAUAAACUCUGAGAUCAAAAGUAGAUUUGGUCAAAAUGGCUGAGUUUACUGAAAAGAAAGUUAGAGAUAUAAAAUUCGAACUAGUUUUUUGA